AUGGCCGACGCCAAUACAGAGUCCAUUCAGCAGAAGAUCCAAAUUGCUCGCCGCGACGCCGAGGCGCUCAAGGACAGGAUAAAGCGCAAGAAGGAUGAGCUCGCCGAUACCACAUUACGAGAUGUCGCGCGACAACGCACCGAACAGCUUCCCCGCCUCGGCAUGCGCACCAAGCGCACCCUCAAAGGCCAUCUGGCCAAAAUCUACGCCAUGCACUGGUCGACGGACCGCCGACAUCUCGUGUCUGCCUCGCAAGACGGCAAGCUCAUCAUUUGGGAUGCGUACACCACCAACAAAGUCCAUGCCAUUCCCCUGCGCUCCUCGUGGGUCAUGACGUGCGCCUACUCGCCCAGCGGCAACUACGUGGCUUGCGGCGGCCUCGACAACAUCUGCUCCAUCUACAACCUCUCUGCGCGAGAAGGGCCGACGCGAGUGGCGCGCGAGCUCAGCGGGCACUCCGGCUACCUCAGCUGCUGUCGCUUCAUCAACGACCGCCGCAUCCUCACUUCCUCUGGCGACAUGACCUGCUGUCUAUGGGAUAUCGAGACGGGGCAGAAGAUUACCGAGUUUGCCGACCACCUGGGCGACGUGAUGAGCUUGAGCAUCAACCCGCUCGACAACAACCAGUUCGUGUCCGGCGCGUGUGAUGCCUUUGCCAAAUUGUGGGAUAUUCGACAGCAAAAGUGCAGCCAGACGUUUGCGGCGCAUGACUCCGAUAUCAACGCCAUUCAGUUCUUUCCCAAUGGCAAUGCUUUUGGCACCGGAUCGGACGAUGCUUCGUGCAGGCUGUUUGAUAUCCGUGCAGAUCGGGAGUUGCAGAGUUAUACUAUCGGCGAGCCAGUGUGCGGCAUCACCUCCGUCGCCUUCUCCGUGUCGGGCAGACUAUUAUUCGCAGGCUACGACGACUUUGAGUGCAAGGUAUGGGACGUCCUCCGCGGCGAGCGAGUGGGCACUCUCGCGGGCCACGACAACCGCGUGAGCUGUCUGGGCGUGAGCAACGAUGCCAUCUCCCUCUGCACGGGCUCUUGGGAUUCGAUGCUACGAGUUUGGGCUUAA